AUGGCCCUGGCGCGUCGCCGGGCAUGCAGUGCAGGCGCAGGCUGCGCCCAGGCGACCAAGGAGGACAGCGACAGCAUCCGCAGUCCCGUCGAGCUCCAGCAGCGGCUGCCUUACGACCUCAGCGAGGAGGAGCUGCUUGAGUUCGAGUUGGCGGACGAAGACUUGUCUCUUUGCGAGGAGGAGGAGGCGGAGUGGCGGGAAUACGACGAGGAGGUGCAGCAAUUCCGUGAGCUGAUGCUCCAGUGCGGGGCAGAUCCCACGAGUUCGUCUUCGAGGUUGGCGCUGGAUGAUGCCAGUUUUGGUGCUCUCGACGGUGAAGGCUCUCCACGCCAAGAGGGCGCAGAGGAGUCUGAACUGGGUCUUGGCGAGGGCUCGCUGCUUUCGGAGGCGCAAGUGAGGGCCUUCUUGCAAAGCCAGCUUGCCGACAAAGGUGGCAGUUCUGCGCCCAACGGCGCUCCCCAGCCAGAGGAAGGGCCUGGUGCUCCGCCUCCUUGGGUGCCGGCAGCAGUUCCUUUGAUGAACGGUGCCCGACAGCUGCCUGAGGAAUACCGCGAGCGGCUGGUGGAGCACGAGGGCGGGGUGGUGGUGAGCGACACGCAAGGCCCGAACGCCCUCGUCCUUAUCAGCCACGUGCCGGACCAGCCACUGCUGCUUCCGAUGGUUUCGGAGACCUUCCGCCUGCAGAAGGUGAAAAUUGUGCGCGGAUGGCUGGAGACCACCGACUCCGGCGCAGUGAUGGAUGCCUUCGAGGUGUGCGACGCUGCCACGGACGAACCCUUGUCCAGUGAGCGGACGGCCGCACUGGAGCAGGCCCUGAUGCAGGCAAUCCAGGCUCCCGCGGCACGCCAGGUGAUGGUCGAGAUCGAUGGCCAGGUUCCACAGCUGGACUGCUUCUUUGGCCUGCCGGCGGGAGGCUCCCUGCCGGUCUCCCUGGCAGCUGCGCGGGGUGCUUUGGUCGACGGGCCCUUCAAGGUCUCUGAGGCCCGCGAGGUCGGGCGUGCGCUGGUCUUCCGCGGCGAGCUGAAGGAAGGCGUAGCCAACCUCGAGGCUAUGGACGAAUGCGCGCGGCGUCUCCGCCAGGUACUCAGGUAUCGCUUCUUUCGGCUCGCGAUUUAG